AUGAAUCAUAUUGAGUGUAGUACUGAAAAACUCAAUAACCUCUCACCACAUAAAACGUAUCACACUGCACUGAAAAAGCUUAAAGCAAAACCUAAAAACAUAAGCUGGGGUAUCAAAGACAGUAAUGGAGCCGUUCUUAAUAGCAAAAACGAGAUUCUCGACCGCUGGAAUGGGAAAAGCCCAGGUCUAGAUAAUAUCAUCUCUGAGUAUAUCAAAUCUGGCGGCGAGCCUAUCAUCAGUGCACUACACCAUCUAUUCAACUACACCCUAACAACAGGGAAAAUACCACAGCUUUUCAAAGAAGCUCUCAUUGUUGUGAUCUACAAGAAAGGUAGCAGAGUUGACUACAGCAAUUAUCGCCCAAUAAGCCUUCUAAGCCAUGUCUACAAACUAUCCAAAGCCUUUGACAGUGUCAAACUUUCCUGCCUAUGGAACCUACUAGAUAAAACAUCAAUCAACAAAAAAUACAUCAAUCUUCUGAAGCAAUCAUAUGAAAACUCAAAAGCAUACAUAGAAACAGAUAUUGGAACGUCACGUUGCGUUUAUAUUCUCAAAGGAGUUAAACAAGGUGAUGUUCUAUCUGCUAUUCUAUUCUGCAUCGUCAUUGCAGCACUUGUGCUUCAAGUUGAAAAUUCGACUGGUGGUUACAAUCUUUCAAAUUUGAGUUACGCAGACGACAUUGCUGUCAUAAGCCAUAAACUCUCUUCGAAAAAUGACGGACUGGCUGCCGUCAAACAUCGUAUUGGCCUAGGAUGGGCUGCCUUUAACAAGAACAAAGAUGUGCUAACAUCAAAAAGGAUACCAUAUCAUCUAAAAUCGAAGAUCUUUAACACCUACGUGAUACCGGAUGUGCUCUAUGGAUUAGAGUGUGUUAACUGGACCUUGAAAUCCUUGGAUUUAUGA